UUCACCUGUCGUACUCGAAUCGUCUCGUUCGCCCGUUCGGUGAUCGGUCGAAGUUCGAACGAAUGAAAUAAAACGAGCAAGCGGCGAGAAUGGCAUUUGUGCGUGAAAUUGUGUUAGUUUUUAUGUGAACAAGUGCAUUUUUCUCGUAAUAAAAAUUUCAGCCGGUAACCCUUCAAGUACCUGUUUAUUUUAAUUAAGUUUACAGUGCUUCUAUAAUAAUGUGUUGUUUUAAAUAAAGCGUUACUGUCUUAAAAAUUAAGUGACUGGUUCGGGGUGGUAUCCUGGUUUUGUUUCGUGCCGUGCAAUAAUGGAGCUUCCCGCUAACGUUGGAAUUUAAAACAUCUGUGGCCGAACGGUAUGGAUGAGGGUCUACUAAAUGAUCUUCUGGAGUGCUCGGUCUGCUUGGAGCGGCUUGACACAUCCUCCCGAGUUCUGCCCUGCCAGCACACCUUCUGUUUAAAAUGUCUCAAGGUGAUAGUAGAGUCUCACAAGGAGCUGCGAUGUCCGGAAUGUCGUAUCCUCGUGGAGACGAAGGUGGAGGAGCUCCCACCGAACGUACUCCUCAUGAGGAUACUCGAGGGUAUGAAGAACUCCGCUCCGAGGAAAAUCAUCGGACAACGAGUUAGAAGUGGUCAUUCGCAGACUCAAUCACAAGUGCAGCCGUCACGUGCGGACGGCAAACAGCCUCCGCCGCAUGCGAGAGCCAUGUACGAUUUUAUAUCAAACGAACUUGGUGACCUGUCAUUCAAGAAGGGUGAAACUAUAAUACUUCACAAGAAACUCGACCCUUUCUGGUAUCACGGCGAGUGUUCAGGCAGGAGCGGCAUGUUCCCUAUUACUUAUGUGCAGGUAGUCGUACCCCUGCCAGUACCCACAGCGCUGUGUAAAGCACUUUACGACUUUCGAAUGUCAGCCCCGGACGAGGAGGGUUGCUUAGCCUUUGAUAAAGGCGCCAUAAUAACGGUGCAUCGACGAGUGGACGAGAAUUGGGCAGAAGGCAGACUCGACCAGAGGGUUGGAAUAUUUCCUAUCGCUUUCGUAGAACUCAACCAGGCGGCCAGACAUCUUAUGAACAGUGCGCCAUUAAAUCGUCCCGUCCCGCCAGUCCCCGAGCACGCGAGGGCGGGACACUCGGAGCACAGGCAACAGACUCAGCACCCGCAUAGAUACCAGCCGAUGUCUGUAUCGAGCCCGAAUUCGGGGCAAGGUCAAGGGAACUACCAAAACCUGGCCACUAUGAGCCAGUCCCACCCGAAUUACCACGCGACGCACGCGCAAAUACUCGUCCCGCAACCCGUCAGUCACCACGUGACCACCGUCGCGCACGGCGGUCUCGUCACCACCACCGCUGUACCCAGAAACAUGGAUCUCAUCGAAAAAAAGAACACAAAGGACUUCAUAAAACGCUUUAUUAAUUUAAAUAAUAAGAUAACAGUGACCGUUGGCAACGAUUACGACGAAAUAAGACAAUUUUUACACGCAUCGAAACCCGCCAACUUGAACUCGACGCCCGUGCACCGCGCGGACGCGACGUAUCAGAACGUGAGGACACACGAACACUUCCCAGUGCAGCCCACCUUCGCUUCUAAUAAUAGUUCGGAUUCGAGUUCCAGUGUGAACACGCCCUCGACCGGUGUCGUGGGAGGAAGUUCCACGACCACGCCCAAUACGAGUUCCAAUACGAGUACGUGCGAAAGCGCCGAACCCAGCCUUCCGAGUUCCCCCGAUAAUAACACCGAUCGGAACUCGACCGUACCGCCCAGUAAUAACGCCCAAAAUCCAUCUGAAAACGAAAAUCAAGAAACGCAAGAGUCAUUGCUUAAUGCUUCACUAGGAGUACUGAGUUUGAAUGAGAGUUCAACCGCUACGAAUACAUCUCUUAAUGUCAGUCUGCCACCUUCUGAGAGUCCAAAAUUAAAUGCAUCGGUUGCGAGUAACGCGUCACAGAAUAAUAUCGAAAGUCAGGAAAGUGCGAGCAACAAUGAGUUUUCUCGUCUGGAGGCGCCGUCCUCUUCGAAGAACGUCAUGCGGUCCAGCGGUCCUGACUCAUUGUUGAAUUUUGGUUUGGGCUUACAAGCGGCCCUGUCGCCCUCCCACAACAAAGAGGGCAAUUACAUGAUGACCAGAGGCCAUAGAGAUCAACAUCAUAGAGAAAGAGAGAAACGUCAUAGUUUGACUCCUUCGUCUCAUCUUCAAGGCAAUAACACGCAAAAUAGACAUUCAGCAGAAAUCCUAGCGACGAGUCUCCUAGACCACGCGAUGGACAGGGAUAGGGAAAGACCGGAGAGGGAGAAAGAGAGACGAAGACGACGCUCUCGAAGUAACGAGCGACCGCUUCCCGCCGCGUACAUUGCACUUUAUCCUUAUAAGCCGCAGAAAUCAGACGAAUUGGAAUUGAAAAAAGGAGGCGUGUACACGGUGACGGAGCGCUGCCGCGACGGCUGGUACAAGGGCUGCUGCGAGCGCGCGGCGCGCGGCGGGGUGUUCCCCGGGAACUACGUGGCGCCGCUCGCGCCCCUCGCGCCGCCGCCCGCGCGCGCGCGCCUCGACAAGAAUGUAUCAAACGCAUUAGUGAACGUGAAGCCAGCGACGGGAACUACGUCGAAUACUUCUAAUACGAGCAACACACUCGCCCCGCCGGACGCUCCGCCCAGAGCCAGUAGUCCUAUAACAUCUGUUCAACCAUUAACAUAUCCUUGGAGUUCUGUACAGCCUCAACAGAGUACGCCACGUUCCGAAAAGUCAAAAGAAAAAUCGAAAUCGGAGAAGGGUUCGAUAUCGACGGGGGUGAGCCUGAUGAAGCGCCUGGCGGCGAUGAAGAAGUGCAAGUCCCCGCCGCCGGCCGGCUACAGCAUGGACAACCCCGUGUUCGAGGACGGGCCCGGCACGUCGCUCAUGCUGCCCGCGCACGCGCACCCGCACCCCGUGCACGUGCGGUCGGGCUCGUGUCCGUCGCAGCUGCUGCGCGCGCCGCCCGCCGCGCCGCCCGCCGCGCGCGCCGCGCCCGCGCCCCGCGACCAGCGCGCGCACAGAGGCCCGGGCGCGGCGGAGUGGGCGACGCACCGCAAGUCGGCGUCGCUGGACGUGUCGGCGCGCCGCGAGCGCCACGCGCCGCCGCUCAAGGAGAGAUUCCGCUGCAUAGUCCCGUAUCCCCCGAAUUCGGAGUACGAGCUCGAACUGAGAGUGGACGACAUCGUUGUCGUCUGUAAGAAGCGGGGAGACGGAUGGUACAAAGGUACGCUCCAGCGCACCGGCCGUACCGGACUCUUUCCGGCCUCCUUCGUGCAGAGCUGCCCUCCAGAUUGACGAUAGCGCACCUGUGUACGAUUAGGUAAGCGUACAUUGUACGACUCGCGAGUGACAGACAUUGUGAGUUUCACGUACAGAUGAUCGACACGUACUUUACGAUUAACUUGUACAUUCAAAUAGUCUUUAUCAUAGACAAAGUGUAAAACUAAUUACUUUUUAGCUAAAAGUUUUAAAUAAAAAAGAUACAUACUAACUGGAUUUGAAAAUAAAAUUUCAAAUGAUUUGUUAAAGGGUUGUGUUAUAGAAUAUACCACGAGAGAUAACGGAUGAAGUUCGUAAGAGUGAUUGUGUGAUCAAAUUAUUAAAUAAAAUACAUCGCUGACCGAAAAAAUUAUAGAAUUAGAGCAACAUAAAAAGUAACAAGUUAAUAUAAAAUUAGUAACAAAUAACGAAAUCUGCCAUUAUUAGAGAAAUUGAUUUAGUAUUCCUAAAUUAUGUAUAGAAAAAUCUUUAGAUUAUUUACGUUUUAUUUAAGUUUUUAAGGACGUCCAAAAAGAAUCUUCAUGCUUUUAAAACUUUGUAAUAAUAUUUUUUACAACUGAUAAUUUUUAAUGUGUUAAUUUAUGUUCUAAAUUUAAACCUAUUUAGAAAUUUUGGCCUUUAUCUCGAACAUAAUGGCAGCACAGACUAUGACAAAUAUUCAUGUUUCCUAAAUUAUUUCAAUUUAAAUAUAACAUCUAUACAAACUAAAUCAUUAAAAAACAACAAUAAUUAUCCUCCUAUAUUGUCUAUACUUAUUGAAAAAUGCAAUAAUGACUUAAAAUAGAUUUAAAAAAAAAUAGUUAUCAAUAUAUUAUUGAUUGUUUCGGUAUCUAUAUACAGUCCAUUCCACGAGACGAACUCCCUCAAGUUCAAAUACUCGCACCUGGUUGGUCGAUGCGCGCAACCAGAGAUAAGCUAGACGAAUCCGGUAUUUAAGUCGAUACUAAGAAAUCAUUCGGCGUACGAUAUACCCAACGAGCGCACAGGGGCCUUUUCCUUUAAGACUCUUGGAAUGGACUUUAGUAAUAGUAUUUUUAAUCUCUAACCAUAGAACUACAUCUAGUAGUAUAGACAAAAAAUUGUCUGAAAUUUUACCCAACGGUUAAUAACACAAUUUAUAUUUUUAAAUAGAUAUUUUUCAAUACAUAGAUAUUAUUGUAGGUAAGUGAUUUAUAGAUAGUGUACUCGUGAAAGUUUUUAGACGAUUUUUAAAUUGAAUUUAUUUUUAUAGACUCGAUACGCUUAUUACGUUAGU